AUGGCCAGCUCGUUCACAGAAGCUUCAGACAGGCAUGGUGCUACCUCGAUCGAACUGAAGGAUGACACCGUCAUUGUCGUUCUUGGAGCAUCGGGGGACCUGGCGAAAAAGAAAACCUUUCGUAAUAAGUUCCUCCCGAAAGAUAUCAAGAUCAUUGGAUAUGCGCGAACGAAGAUGGAUCGUGCCGAAUACAUCCGGAGAGUACGGUCAUAUAUCAAGGUUCCCUCGAAAGAGGUUGAGGAUCAGCUUACCGGAUUCUGCGAUAUCUGCUCGUAUAUUUCUGGACAGUACGACCAGGACGAUUCGUUUGUUGUCUUAAACAAGCACUUGGAGGAGCUCGAGCAAGGGAAAAAAGAACAGAAUAGGGUUUUUUAUAUGGCACUUCCUCCCAGCGUCUUCAUAACUGUCUCUGAACACCUAAAAAAGAACUGCUAUCCCAAGAAUGGAAUUGCGAGAAUUAUCGUAGAGAAGCCGUUUGGAAAGGAUCUGGGAAGCUCGCGGGAAUUACAACGCGCAUUGGAACCCAACUGGAAAGAGGAGGAAAUAUUCCGGAUCGACCAUUACCUCGGGAAAGAGAUGGUGAAGAAUAUCCUGAUUCUACGAUUUGGUAACGAAUUCUUCGGGGCUACUUGGAAUCGCCAUCAUAUCGAUAAUGUUCAGAUCACUUUCAAAGAGCCAUUUGGUACGGAGGGCAGAGGAGGAUAUUUCGAUGAAUUUGGUAUUAUCCGCGACGUUAUGCAGAACCACCUCCUUCAAGUCCUAACCCUGCUGGCAAUGGAACGGCCUAUCUCCUUUUCCGCUGAAGAUAUUCGGGAUGAGAAGGUACGUGUCCUGCGGGGAAUUGACGCGAUCGAACCAAAAAACGUCAUCAUUGGCCAAUAUGGAAAAUCGCUCGACGGAAGCAAACCCGCAUAUAAGGAGGAUGAUACAGUGCCAAAAGAUUCCAGAUGUGCAACAUUUUGCGCAAUGGUGGCGUACAUUAAGAAUGAGAGGUGGGACGGCGUGCCCUUCAUUCUGAAGGCGGGUAAAGCUUUGAACGAACAAAAGACUGAGAUCCGCAUACAAUUCCGCGACGUUACCUCGGGUAUCUUUAAAGACAUCCCGCGAAAUGAACUUGUAAUUCGCGUACAGCCCAACGAGUCCGUAUACAUCAAGAUGAACUCAAAACUCCCAGGUCUUUCCAUGCAAACCGUUGUUACAGAGCUUGAUCUCACUUACCGGCGAAGGUUCUCAGAUCUGAAGAUUCCCGAGGCAUAUGAAUCUUUGAUCCUAGACGCCCUGAAAGGGGACCACUCCAAUUUCGUCAGAGACGAUGAAUUGGAUGCCAGCUGGAGAAUCUUCACUCCACUAUUGCACUACCUAGAUGAGAACACGGAAAUCACGCCAAUGGAGUACCCCUAUGGUUCUCGCGGCCCGUCUGUCCUUGACGAUUUCACGUCGUCAUUCGGAUAUAAAUUUAGUGACGCGGCCGGUUACCAGUGGCCUCUUACCACCACUCCAAACCGGUUGUGA